AUAAAGCGGCGGGGAGCUGUCACCCCGCUAGCAGGCUGCGCAGCGCCCAAGCUGAGCCGGUGCGCCAAGGACUCGGGCGCGUCGGGCCGGGGAGCGCGGAGGAGCCAUGGCCACCACUAACGGGGCCGUGGAAAACGGGCAGCCGGACAAGAAGCCGCCUGCCCUGCCGCGCCCCAUCCGCAACCUGGAGGUCAAGUUCACCAAGAUAUUUAUCAACAAUGAAUGGCAUGAAUCCAAGAGUGGAAAAAAGUUUGCCACAUAUAACCCUUCGACUCUAGAGAAAAUAUGUGAUGUGGAAGAAGGAGAUAAGCCCGACGUGGACCAGGCCGUGGAGGCUGCACAGGCCGCCUUCCAGAGGGGCUCAGCAUGGCGCCAGCUGGAUGCCCUGAGCCGUGGCCGCCUGCUGCACCAACUGGCCGACCUCGUUGAGAGGGACCGCACCAUCCUGGCCACCCUGGAGACCAUGGACACGGGGAAGCCGUUCCUUCACGCCUUUUUCAUCGACCUGGAGGGCUGUAUUAAAACCCUCAGAUACUUUGCCGGCUGGGCAGACAAAAUCCAGGGCAAGACCAUCCCCACAGAUGACAAUGUCGUGUGCUUCACCAGGCACGAGCCCAUCGGUGUGUGCGGGGCCAUCACUCCAUGGAACUUCCCCCUGCUGAUGCUGGUGUGGAAGCUGGCGCCCGCCCUCUGCUGUGGGAACACGGUGGUCCUGAAGCCGGCGGAGCAGACGCCUCUGACCGCCCUGCAUCUCGGCUCUCUGAUCAAAGAGGUUGGGUUCCCUCCAGGUGUAGUGAACAUCGUGCCAGGAUUUGGGCCCACGGUGGGAGCAGCAAUUUCUUCUCACCCUCAGAUCAACAAGAUCGCCUUCACCGGCUCCACGGAGGUGGGAAAGCUGGUUAAAGAAGCCGCCUCCCGGAGCAACCUGAAGAGGGUGACGCUAGAGCUGGGGGGGAAGAACCCGUGCAUCGUGUGUGCGGAUGCCGACCUGGACUUGGCAGUGGAGUGUGCCCAUCAGGGAGUGUUCUUCAACCAAGGCCAAUGCUGCACGGCCGCCUCCAGGGUGUUCGUGGAGGAGCAGAUCUACGCAGAGUUUGUCAGGCGGAGUGUGGAGUAUGCCAAGAAAAGGCCCGUGGGAGACCCCUUUGAUGUCAGGACCGAACAGGGGCCCCAGAUUGAUCAAAAGCAGUUCGACAAAAUCCUCGAGCUCAUUGAGAGUGGGAAGAAGGAAGGGGCCAAGCUGGAAUGUGGGGGCUCGGCCAUGGAAGACAGGGGGCUCUUCAUCACACCCACUGUCUUCUCAGAAGUGACCGACAACAUGCGAAUUGCCAAAGAGGAGAUUUUUGGACCAGUGCAACCAAUACUGAAGUUCAAAAAUAUCGAAGAAGUGAUCAAAAGAGCAAAUAGCACUGACUAUGGACUCACAGCAGCCGUGUUCACAAAAAACCUGGACAAAGCCCUGAAAUUGGCUUCUGCAUUGGAGUCUGGCACAGUCUGGAUCAACUGCUACAACGCCAUCUACGCACAGGCUCCAUUUGGUGGCUUUAAAAUGUCGGGAAAUGGCAGAGAACUAGGUGAAUAUGCUUUGGCCGAAUACACAGAAGUGAAAACUGUCACCAUCAAACUCGGCGACAAGAACCCGUGAAGGAAAGGGGACUUCUUCCUCAAACAUUGGACUGCUGAAUGUGGCAGAGCAAACCUGCCGAAGAAAAAGUGACAUUUCUGACCUUCUCGGGAUACUUUCUUCUGGAGGCUUUAAAUCUACUGGAAUUGAAUGAUUUUUGAUUUCCUCUUAUGCUCAUGUUUAUUGACCAAACUGUGGAUGCCCACGUGUUGUGUGCAAUGUCGCAGUCCUGCCUGGGGAGGGAGCUGUUGGCCAUUUCUGUUUUUUCCUUUAGACCAGGUCCAGGAGACAGUGAAGAUACUCAGGGCUUUGUUAAUAGGAAGUGGUAUUUGAAGUGUUCAGCACGUACUUAAAAAUGCUUUGCUGAAUCUGACUCCAGUAAGAAUUUGGAAAAAAACUCCCUGUGUGUUCUGCAAGCAGGGCCCUGUACCUGUGGUCUCCUCAGGGUUACCUGCUCACAGAACAUUCCCCUCUGCUUUCUGAGAUAGAGGUGGGACCAUUCAGCGAGAAAGGAUA